AUGUAUGCCCCUGCGAGUACCCCUCAUCUGCCACCUCGUAGAGGGGAUACCUCUCCUAGCGGUAUGUCUCUACGGAUGACUGGCGACAGCCCUGGUGGGGAGUCGAGGAAUGAAAGGCUUAAUAGCAGCAAUCAAAGUAUUUCCGCGAGUACUUUUUCAGCAACGGCUAAGCGAGAGCAGAUAGCGCGGUUGAGGCAACGCAGGGAGUUUUUAGCACGAGUCGACCUCCUUUCACGUCAGAAUGCUGCAGCGGGGAAGCCACCGAUUGCUCCCAGUCCUCGAGGGACACCUCGGGACUCGCUUAGUGUCGAUCUAUGUGAUAAGGGUCCUAAGGAGAAAGGGGUCGAUGUUGCUACUGAAACUGAGAUUUCGCAGUCCCAGGCCGAGCUUUGUCAAACUGAGGAGCCGGACGUUGUGAGUAGGAAGACGCAGACGGACGUAUUACCGGAGCCUGAGGUCAAGCAUAACGAUGAGGAGUAUGCAGAGCUCGAGAAGCUACUAGAGGAAGCUCAGCAAGAUGCUAUAGGGCUUCAGCGGAAGGCUGAAGCGUCUGAGUCCCUCCUCGCUGAUGUGACCGAACAGCUGAGAUCAGCAGAAGAUGAGCGGGAUAGAGCUCGAGCGGAGCUUCAGGAGAUGGAUAGAAUUGGCCCAGACCAAUCUAUGUUCGAGGAGCGCGAACAGGAGUUGAACAGCAAUCUUCGUAAUGCUGAGGAGACCAUAUUCCGCUUGAGGGCGGAAGAACGCCCUCAAUUUCGAGUUAGAUCAUUUAAAGUCGUCGCCGCUUUCGCCGAGGUCCGUUUCUUCGGACAUUGUGACAUCACCUACCCCGACCUCCGCGCGGACUUGGACGCUGAGAAGGGCAGAUGUUCAGAGCUAGCAGGAACAGUGGAAGAGUUGCGUGCUAGGGUAGAGGCCCUGUGCAAUGAGAAGUCUGGUCUCGUUGAGAGCCUCACUAGGGAACAAACACGAGCUGUGGAGCUUGAUAGAGCCCUUCAGGAGGCUAGCAGAGUUGAGGCAGAAAAGUUGAGCAAUCUAGAGAGGGCCAAUACUGAGAGUGCACCACCUCCUUCUCCUAGAGGAGAGCCAGAAACGACUUUGUCAUCAGAACCCGUGAAGUCGUCCAGUUGUGCGGUUGUUAAACCGCCUUCAUCUGGUUCCCAAUUGCCUGUGCCCAAUGCUACGGCCCCUGUCCCCAAUGCUACGGCCCCUGUCCCCAGUGCUACGGCCCCUGUGCCCAAUGCUACGGCCCCUGUCCCCAGUGCUACGGCCCCUGUGCCCAAUGCUACGGCCCCUGUCCCCAGUGCUACGGCCCCUGUGCCCAAUGCUACGGCCCCUGUCCCCAGUGCUACGGCCCCUGUCCCCAGUGCUACGGCCCGUGUGCCCAAUGCUACGGCCCCUGUCCCCAGUGCUACGGCCCCUGUCCCCAGUGCUACGGCCCCUGUGCCCAAUGCUACGGCCCCUGUGCCCAAUGCUACGGCCCCUGUCCCCAGUGCUACGGCCCCUGUCCCCAGUGCUACGGCCCGUGUGCCCAAUGCUACGGCCCCUGUGCCCAAUGCUACAGUACCAACAGCUGCCACAAAGGCGGCUGUAUCGUCGCCUGUGGGAGCUUCCAGUCUAAUGAUGAGCAGUCCAGCUGAGGUGGGUUCAAUGCUCGAGUUUGGCGGUUUGACAGUCACCCCUCAGCGUGCUCACACUCGGAAGCCCUCGACUGUCUCCUCUUAUAGCGCUGAUGUGGCCGAUGAGAGGACAGCGGAGGAUAUCAGGACGGCUGGUGUUCCUAAGGACAUGUUCCAGCAACAUUCCAGUGAGCUCAUGCUCGUGGAUGCUGAGGGCGGGGAGGAAGCGUUGGCGUCUCCCGUCGAAGAGCUGCGGAAAACUGCUGGAAAACAGACUCCACCUGACGACUUUUGGGGUACCGACGCGGCGUCCCCCAUUCCCAGAUACGGGGUGUCGAACACUGGCAAUGCGGCAGUCUUCGCCAUCAGUACGCCUGAUGGAGAUCAUCACGUGCAACCUGGAGGCGCUCAGGAUUCGACUGUGAGUUUUUCACCAGAGACAGCUGGUGGUACGCGAAGUGGCAGUGGCUCAGUUAAGAGCGGAGCGAAGCAGAAGAAGUCGGAUGAUUCGGGGGAUACGAGUUUCACUCGACGACCCACGGGCGUAGCGACAUUGUUUGAGGAUGACGAAGUGGACACCUCUGCCUUAUUUGGUUCUGCUACUGCAAAGGACGACGGUCUGGACUUUGACAGUAUUCUCAAUUCGGAGCCCUCGACACCGUUCACGCAAGGCCCCGGGCAACAGGGGUUUGGAGGUCUCCAGCGUCGUUAA